AGAAAAAUGAAAGUGGGCCCCACAAAAGCGGCCUAAUAUACACAUACCGCACAAAUACUCAAGACACGAGGAGCUUUGAAUCCAUCCAUCUUUCUCUAUCGCUUAACUUGGCAAUGUGAAGCUGAGAAGAUAUAGAUUCGCACCUCAGUAAAGAUCCCAAACUUACCGUUUCGUCUUCUUUUUAUUUUGUCCCGACAAUAAGCUCACAGAGAAACGCGUUUGAAGUGAUCUGGUGUUACACUCUCUACCACAGGGUUUAGAGAUCACAUAGAGAAACUGAACUGUUUGAAGAGAUGGGGAAAAAAGCAAAAUGGUUUUCUAGCGUUAAGAAAGCCUUCAGCCCUGAUUCCAAGAAGUCAAAACACAAAUCGCCCGAGACCCCCAAUGGUGUGAUCUCUAACGCGAGGGGAGUUUCCUGUCCCCAUCCUCCUCUUCCUCCUCUUGAGGUGAGAGUAGCUGAAGUCAUUGUUGAACGGAACAGAGAACUUUCCCCUCCUCCUUCGACAGAUGCUACGACGUCGUCUGAUAUUCCUGUAGUAGUAGUCCCUUCUUCUUCUUCAUCUGCUCCUCCUGAGGUGGUUCGUCGUCGUCCUACAGCUACUCGGUUUCUUGGGAAGUCAAACGAAGAAGCUGCUGCAAUCCUGAUUCAGACUGUCUUUAGAGGCUAUUUGGCGAGAAGAGCAAUGCGGGCAAUGAGGGGUUUGGUCAGGCUUAAGUUAUUGAUGGAAGGAUCUGUUGUUAAACGUCAAGCUGCAAAUACUCUAAAAUGUAUGCAGACACUCUCUCGUGUACAGUCUCAAAUCCGAGCUAGGAGAAUCAGGAUGUCCGAAGAGAACCAGGCUCGCCAGAAACAACUCCUUCAGAAACAUGCCAAAGAGCUUGCUGCUGGCUUGAAGAAUGGGGAUAACUGGGAUGAUAGCAGUCAGUCAAAGGAAAAAGUUGAAGCGAAAUUGCUGAGCAAGUACGAGGCAACGAUGAGAAGAGAAAGAGCAUUGGCUUAUGCAUACACUCAUCAGCAAAACUGGAAGAACAAUUCAAAAUCUGGAAACCCUAUGUUCAUGGAUCCGAGCAAUCCUACAUGGGGUUGGAGCUGGUUAGAGAGAUGGAUGGCUGGUCGUCCAUUAGACAACAGUUCGGAGAAAGAACAAAACAACGACAAUGCUGCCUCGGUCAAGAGCGCCACAAAACCUGUAACCCGCAAUAACUCAACACAACCAAACACACCAUCAUCCGCAAGAGGUGGUACUCCAAGAAAAAAAAACAGUUUCUUCUCUCCUCCAACUCCCUCAAGACUAAACCAAUCCUCCAGAAAAUCUAACGAUGAAGACGCCAAAAGCACAACAUCAAACCGUAGACACAGCAUCUCUGGUUCAUCAGUAAGAGAUGACGAGAGCCUUGCUGGCUCACAGACUCUCCCGAGCUAUAUGGUACCAACUAAAUCAGCUAGAGCCAGGGUGAAGCCGCAGAGCCCAUCACAGCUGGAGACUGAGAGCGAUGGAUUUGCUGACAAGGCAUCGGCUAAGAAACGCCUAUCUUAUUCGGCUUCACCUGCAUUGCCUAAACCAAGAAGGUUUUCAGCUCCUCCUAAGGUGGAGAGUGGCAGCGUUGCCGUGACCAAUGGAGUAGGAAGCUGAAGGUAUUUUUACUUUUUGAUUGUCCUCUUUAAUAUAUUUGUUACUACUUUAUGGAUCUGUACGAAAUGAGUUGUAUCAUGUUGGUUAUGAGUUCCCCCUUGUCAGUUCCUAAUUCAUUUGUGCAGCAGCGCCUGUCAUUUAUUUAUUUUACUACAAAAGUUUAUUAUUCGAACAAUGGUAAAUUCAUUUUUUGUUUGUUUGUUUAUUUGAAUAUUGAAGAGAUAUUAUUGGAA